UUUCCAAUAUUUUUUCUCCUCUAUUCUUCUCCACUGAGCGGAGAAAAAAAAAAUCAUUAUCGUCCGCGAGAUAUCUGGUGUUCUUCUCGUACUUGCGGAUUCCUCCGAAUUGUUUCUUCACAGGUUUUGGGAAAAAUCUUACGUAUUUAACAUAGUGUUUCAAAUACACAGAAUCUCGAAAUUGAUUCCGAUUUAUGAGGUCAUGAAUCUACAAUUUCCUACCUCCUGUUUUAGGCUUUGAACAGAUUAGGUUUAAUAUUUAAGUGAAUUUGCAUCAAAUUAGGGAAAUUUUCAUUGAAUCCAGUUAAGUUCUUGUUUGCAUCAACUUGUAGUGUUAUAUAGUUUAGCUACAAAUUUGCAUCAAAUUAGGGAUUUUUCAUUGAACCCAGUUAAGAUUUUUAUUUACAUCAUCGUAAUGUGUGAGCUUUGUUGUUAUUUGGUGCUUCUUGUGCCUCUUUUGCUAUUAUUCUUAAAUCUCAAUGAGAGAAGAGUUUAUUUUGCAGUUUAUUGGCGUUUCUGUUGGAUAACUUUAUUGGCGUUUCUGUUGGUUUAUUUUGCAGUUUCUUAACGCUUGGAAGUAUGGUUAGUGAGAGAAGAGUGCAUCCGGAUUGUAUAAACGCUUCAAAUCCUUAUCACGAGUGUGUCGAGUAUUGCUUUAAGAAAAUCGCUGAAGCAAAGGCCAGAUUCGAGAAGCAGAACACUGGAUUAGCUAAAGUUCACGAGCAGACGAGGGAGCCGCUCGAUGAUAAAAGAAUAGAGGAAGAUAGUUCAGAAGAAGAAGAGGAGGAAGAGGAUAACCAAGAACCUCAAGUAGAUGUAACUCAACUUACAGGGAGACAAAAGAAGUUGUUUGAGUUGAGACUUAAGAUGAAUGAAGCAAGAAAAUCCAAUCAGACGGAUGUCGGGAGUGAAAAGAAGAAAAUGGAAGCACCAACAGAGACAAAAGGAAUCUCAAAACAGAAAUGGUUGGAGGGGAGGAAGAAAAAGAUUGGGAAACUUCUUGAUGCUAAUGGUUUAGAUAUGACACAGGCUUAUAUGCUCGAUACUCAAGAAGCAGCUGAAUCAAAAUACAAAAAAUGGGAAAAGGAACCUACGCCUGCGGGUUGGGAUGUCUUUAACCAGAAGACGUUAUACAACGCAUACAAGAAACGGACAAAGAACAUUCAGGUUGAUCUGGAGGAGUAUAACAGAAUGAGAGCAGCUGAUCCAGAGUUUUACCGUGAGGCCUCAAGCUUGCAAUAUGGAAAGGCUCCAAAAACUUCGCAAGAUAAGAUAGAUAAGAUGGCAAAAGAGCUCUUAGACAGAGAGCAAAAGCGACAAGAGUUUAGCAGGAGGAGGAAGUUCCGGGAAGAGAAGGAUAUCGAUUCCAUCAACGACAGAAACGAGCAUUUCAACAAGAAAAUCGAGCGUGCGUUUGGGAAAUACACGCUGGAGAUCAAAAACAACUUGGAACGAGGAACUGCAUUACCCGACUAAGCUACUUGAGCUCACAUGUUGGAAACAAGGGAAUGGAUUUCUGGUUCGAAAGUAAACUAUGCUGUUGUCUGAUUAAUUGUCCUUAAAUUAUCCUUCUUGAGAGAACUAAAUUGUAGAAUGAACGUUUCUUUAGCCCACUUUGAAAUUCAAACAAAAUUUCUGUACCAGCUCUCGCUAGAGAGAACAAACGGUAACAAGAAAAAAGUUUUAGCUUUUUACUUUUUCUCUUUGUUUCUUUGUCAAAAAUAGAAUCAGCUGAUGUAGCCAAACUCGAGGACACACAACUUUGGUAAAAGAAAAUGUUUUGAAGAAAUCUGCUUAAAUUUA